AUGAACAUCGCACAAACGUCGUGUUUUCAGGGAGCAUGCUCUCCAGCUGGCCACUUUAUGGACAGAAACUUAGUAGCCUCGUCUUCCAGCAAGAACUCUCGAUCCAAUAACUUUAUGAAACAAGCGCCACGCGUCGAUCGUUAUGCGCUUGACCGCGGCGGCAGAAGCAUUCGGCAGCCUCAGGAAGGAAGCAGCAGAGCCUUGCGUGUGACGCCUUUCAAGAAGAACCAUGGAAGCACUGAUGUUCCUGCUUCUGCCCUUACCUGCGCUGUUGCUGCCAGCAGCACCGUGACUACAGACGGAGGGCCGGCAGUUUCUGAGGCAGUCAUCGUGGGUGGAGGGUUGGCCGGUCUCGCACUGGCUAUUGGCCUUCGGAACAUUGGGAUUGACGCCCAGGUAUACGAGGCACGUACCGAUGUGACCGGGGAGGGCAUUGGCAUGACUCUCUAUCCAAACGGCCUCAGAGCGCUCAACCGAAUCGACCCGGCCAUCGUGACGCAGCUACUUUCUCGGGGAGUCCCAAACCCUACAUGCCUCUUCCUCACCCCGUUCGGCCACCGUCUGUCCCGCUGGGACCUGUCGACCAACAUGGCAGCUCGGUACGGCUUCCCAAUGCUGGUGAUUGGCUGGCAGGAGGUGCGCGAUGUGCUCUUCAGAAUGCUGCCAAAAGACGCCGUCCACACCGGCUACAGGCUUGUUGGAAUGUCGCAAAGGGAGGAGGCGGAGGGGGGCGGCAGCGGGGAUGGCAGGGUGAAGUGCGUUUUCCAGAAGGUUUCGGAAGGCACGGAGCAUCAGGUGGAGGUGGAGACCCCGCUUCUGCUGGGAGCAGACGGCAUUUUCUCCGAAACUAGAAGGCAUCUGCUGGGGCAGGAGGAAGAGCGCAACGAGAAUGGCGGGUUAGUGGGGGAGGGAGUGGGCCCUCAAGACAAAGGGCGGACGAUCUGGAGGGCCAUCAUCGACAGCAGCCUUGUCCCCCACCCACUGCUGCAACCGCACACCACGUUGACCAUAAUGGCUGGCGACCGUUUGGGAGUCGUCGUCAACGGUCACGAAGGCAAGCUCUACUGGGGGCUUGGGCUCCCCGACGGGGCCGAUCCAACGGUCAGCAGCAGCCGAUCAAGGUGUGGGGAGGAGGCAAAGGAGAAGAUCCUGCGAGCAGUGAAGGGGUGGGAUGUGCUGCCUCAGUUGGUCGAGGCCACUCCACCGGAGCUGAUUCAUGAGCGCCGGGCGCUUGACAUGCCAACCCUGCCCUUCUGGGUCAAAGGCAGGACUGCUCUGCUGGGAGACGCGGCGCAUGCAAUAACGCCAGAGCUGGGUCAGGGGGCGAACAUGGCGUUUGAGGAUGCGGCACAGAUGGUAGAAUGCAUUCGCGCUCAUUCACAUGUCAGGCAUGCACUGGAAAGCUUCCAGUCCCUUCGCAUGCCACGUGUGCAUGACGUAACAGCAAAGAACAUUGCUUUGGCAAAAGCAAU